UAAACAACUUGAGAAUGCUAAGAAUAGAAGAUUGAAGGAAGACCACCCUUUAAUAACGGGACAAUCACCUUAUCUGGUUACCACGACAUAAUAUCAUCUACCCAGAAUAAUAUCAUCUACUAAACGUUUUCAGUAGAAUAAUAUCAUGCAUUCGAAAUAGCUACGGCAAUAAUGGCUACCGCUUCUGCAACUCUGGUCGGUAGUCCUAUUCGUCCUCUUCGACACCACAGCGAGAAAACGCAUUGUAAAAUCUCUCACACAUGGGCUCAGGUUCAAUGCUACCAGGGAUCGCGUUUCAGUACUUGUCACAGUCAAAAUCAGGCUAAGGUUGGAAGCAGCAGGCUAAGGGCAGGUUCAUGGAGAAUUCAUGCUUUUCCAGAUUUGUCUUGGUAUAGCUUGGCAGUUGAGCAGCUGCCAGAGAUAAUAGAAAGGUCAAAUUGGCAUCUAGACGAAGAAGCUACUAAGAAUGUUUAUACUUUUUAUAUAUGUUUCACCAUCUGGGGAUGCUGUGUUUUUGGAUCUAUGAAAGACCCAUUUUAUGAUGGUGAUCCAUACCGAAAAGAUGGUGGAGAUGGAUCUCAAAACUGGAUGUAUGAGAAGGAAGAACAGGAUGAAGCAUCAGCAAGGGAGGAACUUUUGAGAGAGGAGUUAAUUCAGGAAAUAGAAAGGAAAGUUGGAGGGCUGAGCAAGCUUGAAGAAGCAGAGAAAAAGGAGAAGGAACCAGUCUAACUGGCAUGCCAUAGUCAGUAAUUGUAAAAGAAACAUUUUUUCAUCUCUGCCAGCUGAUCAUUGUAUAUUUCUAUGCAUCUGUUGAUGCACUAUAGUUUGAAAUGGAUGCUUACCAUUGCAUCCAAUGAUCCUAUGGUUCGAGGAUACAUCAUACCACAGAAGGAUCACAAAUCUAAGAGACCUGGUUAUGGCCUGUAAAAAAUCCACCAGUAUUAUUGCUCAAGAAUAUAAAAAAGACAGCAAUGGUGUAUGCUAAUGAUCAGCCAUGGCAUAGGAACAAACGCAAAACUGUACACUGUUAGUAAUUUGAAUACUAAGCAUCUUAGUUAUUGGAUAUUGCCAACUUAUGUCAAAAUGGGUGAGGCACGGUUGUAAGGGU